UUUACGUUGUUCAAAGGUUCUCUACCUGGUUUUCAGAUUUAGGUGUAUAUUGUACAUAUACAGCGGAGAAAGUACUACUACUGUAUAAAUUUUGCGCGAUAGUCGACGGCUAGGUACGGUCGCAACCAAGGCCACACAAAUACUUGCAUAUUUUUACGCGAAAAAUUAAAAGAAUCAGUGCGUUUGAUAUAGCGGCGCGUGAACCAACUCGAAAUGGAACAUAAAUUAAGUUUGAUUUUAUAAUGUUUCAGUUGGAAAAGUGUGCAGUAUGGCCAAAAAAACGUAUCCGGAACCAAUAGGACAGCCUAUAGAAUACGAUCCAUACUUUGACGGACCUACAAAAAAACGAUCGUGCACUGAUGUCAUAUGCCUGUUACUAUUUUUGGUUUUUCUUGGCUGCUGGGUCGGGCUAGGAGCAUGGGCUAUUAAAAAAGGAGAUCCAUCACUUUUACUGGUACCCACAGACUCCAACGGCCAGAGAUGUGGUUUGGAUUCGGCCGUACAGGACAAACCCUAUUUAUUCUUCUUCGAUCUUACGAAAUGUUUCGAUUUGACAACCGCUUUUUCAGGAUGCAAUACUCCUCAGGUUUGCGUUAAGAGCUGUCCUGAUUUUGUAUUUAUAAAAAAUACUGAAUAUGGAAAUAAUCUAACACAAGUAUUGCCAUAUUGUAGUUAUGAUGUCCAGGAUAGCAAUAGCUAUGAUGAAAAUAACUGUCCCACAUGGGUGGUUCCUAGUGAUUCAUUGCUUAAAAGAUGCGUUUUCAAUGCGGCAAAUUUGAAAAAUCUCCAGUGGAACCUCAAAGCAUUCAAAGAGGUUAAUGUUCAGACCUUUCAGGAUUACACGAAUCCGGUCCAAUUGUGGUUAAGUUUAAUCGUGCAUAACGGUAUAGUCGCUGUUAAAGACGACCAAAACAUCCAUGAGGUUGCUCAACAAAUUAUAGCCGACGUUAUUACAUCAUGGUGGAAAAUAUUAAUUGGAGUUGUAUUUGCUCUUUUGGCCUGUAUUAUUUUCAUUCUUAUGUUAAGGUGGAUUGCAGGAGUUAUUGUUUGGUUUUCUAUUAUAGCCGUAGUGGUUGCUUUAGGAGCUGGGGUUUAUUUUUCGGCGAUCUUUUACUCACAAUACAAGAAGGAAUUCGAAGCAGAUUGGACCAAAACAUCAAGCAAAACCAAACGAGACAUCUUUUUGGGCCUCCUGAUUAUCACUUCGGUUGUACUAGGCAUUAUUCUUCUAGUGCUAAUAUUUCUACGCAAAAGAAUCACAUUAGCUAUUGCUUUGGUGAAAGAGGGCAGCAAAGCAGUCAGUUCGGUAACUUCAGUCCUAUUCUUCCCUAUCGUUCCAUGGGUACUUCAAGUUGGGGUGGUGGCGUAUGCAAUUUGCGCCGGAGUGUAUUUAGCCACUGUAGGAGAACCCCUAUAUCUCUAUAAAGAUAUAUCUGAUGCCUGUAACGGAGAAUCUUAUUGGCAGAACAACACACAAUGCUUUCCAUCAAAUUUUUCAACAAGCAGUUACACCAAUUGCAAUGAAGCGAAAUGCAGGUUCUAUAGUAUCACCAACGAAGCCUACUACCCUUAUUUUCAAGCUUUCAAUAUCUUCGAAUUUUUCUGGAUGGCUUUCUUCAUUACCGCCCUGGGCCAAAUGGUUUUGGCUCAAGUAUUCGCUAAAUGGUACUGGACCAAGAAGAAGAGUGACCUACCCUUCUUUGCCGUUACAUCUGCUACCUGCACUACCCUCCGGUACCACUUGGGAACAAUUGCCUUUGGAUCGCUUAUAAUUGCAAUUUGUCGAAUAAUCAGGCUAUGUCUAGAAUACAUUGACCGGAAACUGAAGAAGUAUGAUAAUGAACUGACCAAAGCCAUCAUGUGUUGUUUGAAAUGCUUUUUUUGGUGCCUAGAAAAGUUUUUGAAGUUUAUCAAUAAAAAUGCGUACAUUAUGUGCGCCAUACAUGGAAAAAACUUUUGCUCCAGCGCAAAAGAUGCCUUCUCACUUCUAGUAAGGAAUAUAAUCAGAGUGUUUAUAUUAGAUAAGGUGACCGACUUUUUAUUCUUCUUGUCGAAAUUAGUCGUUACCAUAGGCGUAGGCGCGGUAGCUUACGUCUUCUUCGCCACUGAUCUCAUAUCAUUUAUGGAUAACUCCGGCCUAAACUAUGGCGUCGUUCCAGUUAUUAUAAUAAUGAUUGUGACAUAUCUGGUUGCAACGUUGUUCUUUAACGUCUACAGUAUGGCGGUGGAUACGUUGUUUAUGUGUUUCCUGGAAGACAUUGAAAGAAAUGAUGGAAAAACCAAACCAUAUUAUAUGUCCAGGAAUUUAAUGAAGAUUUUCGGUAAAAAAAAUGUAAUAAAGAAAGAUGAAUAAUUUUAAAGACAUGGACUAUUAUUACCGAUGUAUUAUAUUUUUGUAUACGGCAGUACAAUCAAUGAAAGUGUUCUUAUUUAUAGAAAAUCGAUAAGGCUGUGGAGAAAACAAAGAGUAUUUGAUAUAAACCUAGGUUUAAGAUUUUUAUUAAGUCAGUAUUAAUAACGUACGUAAACUACAGAUUUUUAAGUCUAGCUGUCAUUUUAUUUAUAUAUUAUUUACGUUUUUGUGUUGUGUAGGUCUAGUUAUUCUUGUAUUUUAUUUUUAAAAACUACUGUAUACCUAUAAGGUUUUUAAUAAUACGAUUUUACGAAUUAAUAAAAAAAUAUAUGUUUUAAGG